AUGGCGGACGAAUUGUCAACGAAAGAUGUUUUAGAAAACGAUCGCGAAGUGCAAUCAUGCAAAGAGAGUUCACCACAACAAAUCAGUUUUUUAAAACAAAUAAAAAACCUUCUGUCAAAUAUCUGCUACCCAUACUCCAGAGAUUAUGAUGGCUUAGAUCAAAGUUUAUAUCUUACAUUUUAUCUCAAUGCUAUUGUUCUUAUUUUCAUAAUAUUAUUUAUCACAAAGGAAUUGUCACUUGGGAAAGAUAACGGAGUAACAUCUCAUUUUGUCCAGGAACGCUAUGUUGAUAUCUUGCUGAUCUCUUAUAUGACACCUGCAAUUUUAUGGACUGUCUGUCUUUUCCUGAUCAAAAAUGACAGUCAUGUACUUGUGUUUGACAACAAUUCAGUCUCGUACAAACGUCCUUUGUUCUACACUAUCUAUGUGCUUGGGGGUGGAUUCUUCCUCACAGAUAUUUUGCAAGUUGCAUUUCAUUUGCGAUGUGGUAUAGCUGACAGUGUUCGUAGUUUAUAUUUAUGUGUUGAAGCUAUAUUUGUUUUGACGCAGUUGUCGUUCCAGAUUUUAUUUCUAAGUGCGUCAUUUCUUGCAAAAAGUUCUGCAAAGCUGGCUGUGAUUCAUAUGAUUGGGUCAAAUAUCUCUGUGUUUAUUCAUGGGAUAUUCAGAAAAUCUUCACAGGAAAUGGAAGGAUUAAACCACACAAUGAGCAACGAUCACAGCAUCCCAAGUUAUUCAACUUAUUGUGAUCAAACACAAAAUGCUUUGAGCAAAAUUAUGGAUGUUUUUCAACCAUUAAAUUUAGAAUUUAUUGUGAUAACUUCAAUAACUCUUAUUUACAUUUUCAAUAACAUCAAGGAGUCGCAAAAUGAAAUACAACGUUAUUCGCCAACUACAAAAAUGUUACGCUGUAGACAAAAUAUAAGCACUGAUACGACUCUUGAUAAAAGUGGAUCUGGGUGCAACAGUGGAUCGUCAAUAUUACUGCGGAAUAGAAACACUACUCCAAGCGUGGAUGUUGGAUUACUUGCUGGUCUGUUUCUAGCAUUAUUACUGUUGACUGUUGGCCAGUUGCGCACUAAGUCAGGGAACUUGUCUGAACUAAUUACUGCGCACGAUAUUUGUCAUGUGAUCAUAGUGUCUGUAAUGCUGUGCUUCAAUUGGUUGAUAGCAUGGGUGUUAUAUAAUUAUCAUCCAUAUUAUGAUUGGACACCUUUCACACCAGUUGAAUGGAUAUUGUUCGUCGCCACGAUGGGUUUCUAUGCUUGGAGCAUCUUCAACAUUGUGCUCGUACAUUUGACUAACGGAGCAUCGCUUUCGUUCAUUCUUAAAAAUAUAUUCAGAUUAUUACUUGGAUUUAUACAGACAUUUGUUAUCAGCAAGGCCAUGGGAUAUUCACUAUGCUGCCAUGGCAACUAUAGCUGGCGCAAGUACUUCGCUCAAGGUUUAACAUUUUUAGUAGUAUGCAAUGCAGCUGUGGCUUUAAAUGAGAUAUUCUUCACAACUACAAAAGGCACUGAAUUUGAAACAUUGUUCAGCAAACGUACAUGGACGGUUCUGACUCUACUCACACACUCGCUUGAAGUUUUGUAUUAUUUUUAUUCAUCAAUAUGUUUUCUUGACAUUUCCUUCAAGUAUCAGCAAGAAACACUAGUCUAG